AUGCCUCCCAGUACAGCUGAUGCCGCCGCCGGCAUGGACACAGGUUCUGUCGACGGUGACGCCGGCUCGUCACCCCUCUCCCUGCACCGCGCAGUCCACGCCCGUCGCGACGAGUACAUACAGCAACACAAGAUGCGUAUCAAGAUCGGGACCUGGAACGUCGCGGGCCUUCAAGGGACGGACAAGGACCUUGCGACCUGGUUUGUACACGGUAAAGGCGUCGAUCGUCGCCUUGCCACUCUCGAUGUGGCUCGAAACCCCGCCAUUGAGCGUCAAGAAACUGCCGACAGCCUCGACGACGACCCAAAUGCAGUGCGCCUCGUGGGCGGCGACAAGAUCGGCCUUUACGUUUUGGGCCUGCAGGAGGUUGUGGACCUGAAUGUUGCGAGCCAGUACAUGCGCGGCGUCUACUCAUCUUCCGAAUCCCUCAGCGCCAUGGACCGUUGGAAGAUGGCUUUGGAGGCCGCCCUGCCGUCUGGUUACACAUUGAUAGCCUCCGAGCAGAUGACGGGCCUCUUGCUCCUGAUCUAUGCCUCGGCCGAGGUAGCUCCAACCAUCAGCAACGUCAGCACAUCCGCCGUCGGCACAGGGCUGCUUGGGUACAUGGGGAACAAAGGUUCCGUGGCAGCGCGCAUCGUUGUCGGCGAGGCCACGCGCAUGACGUUUGUAAACUGCCACCUUGCAAGCGGGCAUGAGUCGACAAACCUUGAGAGGAGGUUGUGGGAUGUUGGACAAAUCCUGAGUCGAACACAGUUCCCACCCGUUCCUUUACAUCCUGGAGCAGGUGGAGAAGGGGGGAGUCCUGAAAAGAUAGGCGAUGAGGAUUUCGCCUUUUGGUUUGGAGAUCUGAACUUUAGACUCGACCUUCCAGGACAGGACAUACGGAGGCUUUUGUUGCUUCACACCAGAGGAGAAUACGAUGUCAGCCAAAAGCCCAAGGGUAAGGAAGAUACCGCUCUGGAUGGAGAAGAAGCCAUAGUGUUGCGCACUUCCGACAGCAGUGACGAUAAAACAGAGACCAGCUCAAACAGGACAGGGAGUAGUGUCGACGGUCAGACAGACAGAGACGACGACUCGAUAUCGUUGCCCGACCCGGAUGAUUUCCUACCCGACCCCUCAGAUGAUCCAGCAUCCCUGCAAGCAACCUUGGACUCAUUGCUUCCUCAUGAUCAACUUGGAAAACUCAUUAAAGACGGCAAAGUAUUCCAAGAAGGUUGGCGAGAGGGACCAAUCACGUUUCUUCCUUCAUACAAGUACGAUGUCAACACGGUAGGCCUGUUCGACUCUAGUGACAAGAAGAGGGCGCCCAGCUGGUGCGAUCGCAUCCUGUACCGUAGCAAGAAAGACCGUGAAGCCUAUCAGAAGAAAGUCCGCGAUGCUGAAGAGUCGCGACGCAGGGAUGAGGAGCUCAAGUCACGAGGCAUCGGAGAGGGGACAGAGGACGAUGAAGUUUUGUUCGACUAUGACCCAGAGAACGACGGGGAUGAUCAACCCACCAAGAGCACCGAUACGAAUAGUAAUAGCAACAACAGCAGUAACACCAAUGUUUUUGACUAUGACGAGUACGACGAAAACGAAGACGCUGAUGGCGCAGAAGACGCCAGCGAGGAUCGCAUCCAUCUAGACAUAUACACAUCACAUCAGCGCAUACAAUCUUCAGAUCAUAAACCAGUUAUAUCUGUUUUCGACAUCAACUACGACGCCGCAGUCCCGGAGCUCAAGGCAAAUGUGUAUGCGGAUGCGGCUCGAGAGCUAGAUCGCGCUGAGAACGAGUCACGGCCAGUUAUCACGGUCGUGGUAGAGAAGACGGACCGGGGUGAUUCACACAUUGAUGGCACGGAUGCAGGAGAGGCCGCGGCCAUCAAUUUUGGGGACGUCUACUACCUACGUAAGAAGACGUCCUCCAUGACCAUUGCCAACACGGGACGAGUAGCUGCCAAGUUCUCGUUUGUGGAGAGGCCGAGCUCGGAUCAGGACCCUCUGGGAGUUGGAAAUUCCCAGUGGCUGACGACAUCGUUCCUGCGGACAGACCUUGGCCCACAGGCUGGUGACAACGAAGCGGUGGAUUUGGGCAAGGAGGUUACACUCGAGCCAGGAGAGACGGUCAAAGCCGUCAUCGGAAUAUCGGUCGACAAUAUCAAUCUCGUUACGCACCUGAACGACGGCCAGGCCUCUCUCGAGGAAGUGUUGAUAUUACGAGUAGAACAAGGGAGAGAUCAUUUCAUACCCGUGCGGGCGCACUGGAUGGUUACCUGCAUUGGAAGGUCUAUAGAGGAGCUCAUCAGAGUCCCUGAUGGCGGAAUAAGGGCGUUUGUUGAGGAACUAUCCGCGAAAAAGAAGGCAGAUGGGGCUUCUGGCAGUAAGCGGGUGGGUUCGAUCCCGUAUGACUGCGAAGUGCGUUGCGCCGCACCCAAGGAGCUGUUCAAGCUCACAGAGGCUGUCGAGACCUUGGCUGAGAGGGUAUUAGCCGAUGAGCAGAUGCUUGAGACAGAGGUGCCACGUAACAAGGGAGCCUGGCCAUUUUCAGAUGCUCAGCCGUCUUUGGAAUCUCGGGACCCUCGUCUGGUUGCAGCGGUCAUUGACCACCUUGAUCAGGACAAGGCAGUAGCGGAGGCGUUUGAACCAGAGGUUGAUUCGAUGAAGAGACUCGAGGUGGUUGCCGAAGUACUUCUCAUCUUCCUCCAGAGUUUGACAGACGGUAUCGUCACGAUUUCGCUGUGGGCGCAGCUCGAACAAGCCUCCAUCCCAUCCCUGACAUCCUCGGGCAAUACCGCUACCACGGCAGCCAAACAGAUGCAGGAGGAGGACAAGGCAACUGUCCUAGACGUCCUUGCCGCGGCACCCAACCAUAAUAUUUCCUUUGUUUUCCUAACAACUACGCUGGCCAAAGUGAUAGCAGAGCUGACGCCCCUGACCAAGGCGGAGACGGCGCUGAUAAGAACAGCGACCUCAUCCAGCUCUGGUUCGACCGCUUCAUCCAUGUCGGGAAUAUCGCCAUUGGCACUUACGCGACGGUCUCUCAGCUUCCGCCGCGGGCCGGUCGCGGGGCAAGGUGCUGCUGAGGCCUUAGCUGCGUUGGAGAAGAGACAGGCCAAGGAGCGUCAGGUAGCCGAAGUGCUGGCGCGUGUGGGCAAGGUUUGUCGGGCGCCAGUGAUGACCAAGGCCAAGGAGAUACGGGCUGUGGAGGAUAAGCAAAGGGCGUUGCUCGAGCUGUUUUUAAGGCGAGAGCUGUAUGGUCCCGAUUAG